AAAUUAUUUAAAAACAUUGUACCGCGAGUUUCUAGCCAAAGCAAAACAAGAAUAUUCCAUGAUAAAAAGUAUUUCAGUGAAAGACAUUGGUAUAUAAGAGACGUUAAUAUUAAUGAUUUAAAGGUUUUAUUAUGGAUGCUCAAGCCAAAAGAGUGCUAAAAGAAGUAAAUACUAAUGCUACAGAUCAAAGAUGUGCUACACAAAUGAUUAAGACUCCCAGCCAAAUGUCUGAUUUAGAACCUCAGGGUCUGUCAAGAGAAAGGAAAAAAUGGUCACUGGAUGAUUUUGAUAUUGGUAAACCUCUUGGCAAAGGAAAGUUUGGAAAUGUUUAUUUGGCAAGAGAAAAAUCUACAAAGUAUAUUGUUGCUUUAAAAGUACUGUUUAAAUCCCAGCUUCAAAAAGCAGGUGUAGAACAUCAGUUAAGAAGAGAAAUAGAAAUACAAGCUCAUUUGAGACAUCCCAAUAUACUGCGAUUGUUUGGUUAUUUUCAUGAUAAAACACGUGUAUAUUUGAUCUUGGAAUAUGCACCAAGAGGUGAAUUGUACAAAGAGUUGAAAAGACAAAACAGAUUUUCAGAAAGUACCUGUGCUACAUAUAUGACUCAGCUGUCAAAUGCCUUGAAGUAUUGUCACAAUAAGAAAGUAAUACACAGAGACAUAAAACCAGAGAAUUUAUUGGUUGGAUUAACUGGAGAUGUGAAAAUAGCAGAUUUUGGAUGGUCUGUACAUGCACCAUCAUCAAGGAGAACAACACUAUGUGGAACAUUAGAUUACUUACCACCUGAAAUGAUUGAAGGAAGACAUCAUGAUGAAAAAGUUGAUUUGUGGAGUUUAGGAAUUCUGUGUUAUGAAUUUUUGGUGGGAAACCCACCAUUUGAAGCAGAGACAAAUACUGAGACUUACAGACGCAUUACUAAAGUGGAUUUACAUUUCCCCUCAUACUGUACAGAUGGUGCUAAAGAUUUAGUCAGAAAGCUUUUACAACAUGACCCAUUCAAAAGACUGUCUCUGGAUGGAAUAUUAGAACAUCCCUGGAUUGCUGCCAAUGCCAAAAAACAUCCAUCUACAUCAGGGAGUUCAUCAACACCUCCACCUCCAAGCAAACCCAACAAAUCUUGAUGAUGUAAACUCAUGUAGUGAUCUAACAGUCUUUCCACAUACUUACUUACUAAAUGAAUAAUGAUCAAAAUCUGUUAUAAACACAAUAUGUUUUUUACUGUUUUUCAUAUUGUAAUUGUGUAAUGUAAUUACAGAUUGUUUUCUUAUGUAACUAUGAAAGGAACAGUAAUAGCACAAGUUCUGAUUCCAGUACUUUGUAAUAUGUACAGAACUGCAAUGUGUAAUAGUCAUUGCUCUUUGAAAGGGGAAUGUGUAAUACAUUUUACUUUGCAUUUAUGAACAUUGGUAUACAUGCAUGUACAGGGUUGCUCAUAUCUAUUUGCAUUUGUUUUAGAAAAUGUAUUUUCUUUUUGAAAAAGUAUUAACAGUCCACACAAACACAUAUAUAGAUAAACAAGCUUAAACAGAUACUUACUAUAAACUUAAAGCAAUAAGCACCUUUAUAAUAGUCUGAAAAUUCCAUUUUGAUAAAAGUAACUUAUAACAUUGUUCAGAAGAAGGUGAUUUAAAAUCACAUAAAUUGGUGAUUUCUUGAUUUGACAAAAAAGAAUAGUUUUUUUUUUAAAUCUCAUGUGUGAAACUGAAUGGAAAUUUAUAUCAGAAUGUAUUUAUAGAAUUAUGUUGAAUUUAGCAUUGACUGUGUAAAAGUAGCCAAGGUUGUAGAUAUAGUGAACUUGCAACCUACCAAAAUGCAAAUUUGUUCACCUUUCAAAAAAAAAAUGGCAAAGAUUUUAAUGAAUUAUAUACCGUUAUGUUCUCUGACAGUCCUUAAAUAUCACAAUAUCUUAAUUUGGUAUUAAUAAAAGUGCUUGAUUGCAGGGUUAUUUUGGUAAUAACCAUGUUUAAUAUUAUAAAAAGAAAUGUUAUGAUCUAACAUGUGAUGUCAGACAACUUUUCUACAUAUGUAAUAAGAAAGGAAAACAAAUGCUCAAACAGAUACUUCUUUGUACACCUAUUAACUGACAUGCAUUUUUUGAAAUGUUUAAAUGAUGAAUGUUUGAGAAUGUAUGUUUAUUUUAUUCCAACAUUGCAAUGACUAUUCAAUAUAUAUAUAAAUAUAAAAUGGACAAAUGUUGAGAGUAUGUUUGGAAUGUGUGUGCUACUCUUAAUUUAUAUACUUGUAUGAUCUUCAUUUCCUUUUCAGUAGAUUCAAAUGUUUAAUGAGAAUUUAUAAUGUAUGAAUAUAUACUUGGUGGUUAUAGUUUAAGGAAUUGAUUUUAGGAAACAGUUUUUAAAAAGCAUGAAUAUUAAGUGUCAAAGCAUACAUAUAUUUUUAAAUGCAUAAACAAAGUUAUUAAGUGCUGUAGAGAUGGUAUGAUAUUUGAUAACAAUAUGAUAAUAUGACAUAUACAGAUGGAUUGAUUUGUGACUGUUUAGUGUCAGCAAACAUGACAGGGAGUGAGUAUACAAAUGUAAAUAUUGUUUACAGUGUUUUAUGUAUAGAUAUAAGGGUUUUCUUAACAUUUAUAUCAUAAAAUAUCAGCCAUGUGUCACAAUGUUAACCUUUUUGGCAAGUUGGCAUUGUGUCCAGUGACAGAUAUUUAACAAUAUCUAGAUGCAGAAAACCUGAAAACUGUUUAUCCUACUAUUUCUGUUCAAUUUUUAGUCUCUGAUAAGACAUUUUUUAUGCUAGUAUGUCCUACCAGAAGUAAGCUUGAUAAAUUCAUAUUGUAUUGACGCUCAAAAGUUCUCUAAUAAUGUGACGUCACUGAUAAGUUCUGCUCUUACAUCACAAUGUCCUAAUACUAGAGUUGUGGAGCUACUGAGCAGGGUACAAUCUACUGUGAAAUCUUUCUAAGCUGUAACCCUUUGUGACUAAAGAGUUUGUUCAGAUUUGACAAUCAUUAGGUUUAUAUUGGUCAAAUUAUCAAAGAAUAUUCAUUACAUAUACUGAUACAAAAAAGAGGUUUACACAUGAUUCUGGUUUAACUUAAACAUUAGAAGACUGAUAAAAAUUAUAAUCAUGAUUAUAUGUAAGGCUAUUCAAAAGAGGGUGGGAGAGAUAUGUUGACUAGUGUGUGAAAUCUACUCCCUGAAAAUUGUAAUUUAAAUUAAAAGAAUAAAGGUAACAGUAUUGAGUGGAAUUAUUCAUAUAAAUAUAUCUCUGAUGGUACCAUUUUAUAUAGUAAUCAGUAGUCUUGCAUUUAUGUAACUUUUAAACAAAUCUGUACAUAAUAAUUGAUUAUGCACACAGUGAUGUGUAUUAAAGUCUGAUCUCUAUCAUCAUCAUAAUAAAAGUAGACCAUCAGACAGCAACAUAAUAGUUUAAUAGUAACAUCAUCUUUAUUAUUAACCGAAAAGCAGUCUGUAUUUGAGUCACAUUAGUUAACUGUACUUGGUCCUUUUUUACUGCCGUGCAGUGUAUAAAUACUGAUUUUAGUCCAGUUGUAUAUGUAAACUCCAUACAGCUGUCAUAAAUUUGUAUGCUUUGACCUAUUAAACAAGCGAUUUUAAUACUUGUAGAAUAUUUUCAGGGUGAUAGAGAAAAAGGGAAAUAUCUUGUCAAAUAUUGUUACUUGUGUUUUAUAAGCAGUAAAUACAGAAUGUAUGGAAGUUCCUUGUAAUAAAAUUGUGAUAGCAUUA